AACCCUUGAGAAAAUUCAGCAACAGAGAGCUAAGUGCACUACCUAAUCAAGGGAGUUAGCGGAUACUACCUGCUUCUUCUUCUACUGUUCUAGAUGCUUGGGAUUUGGAUCCUUGCACUAUGCCUGCUCAGCGCAGCAGAAGGUUCAGAAGUCUGCUAUGAUAGGCUGGGAUGUUUCUCAGACAGUAUGCCAUGGUCUGGAACUACAGAAAGACCAAUCCAUAAGUUACCCUGGAGUCCAGAAAGGAUAGAUGCUCGCUUCCUCCUCUACACAAGAGAAAAUCCUGAUAGCUAUCAAGAGAUCUCUGCAGUUGAUUCCUCCAUUAGCUACUCCAACUUUAAAACAAGCAGGUUAACCAGGUUCAUCGUCCAUGGUUUCAUAGACAAGGGAGAAGAAAACUGGCUGUCAGACAUGUGCAAGCGGAUACUCAGUGUGGAAGAUGUGAACUGCAUCUGCAUUGACUGGAAGAAAGGCUCAAGAUGUCAGUACACCCAGGCAUCAAACAAUGUCCGUGUUGUGGGCGCUGAAAUAGCUUACUUUGUGAACACCCUCAUGGACACAUACGGAUACUCUCCAGCCAAUGUUCACAUUAUUGGUCACAGCCUUGGAGCACAUGUGGCAGGCGAAGCUGGCAAGAGGCGUCCAGGAAUUGGAAGAAUUACUGGACUGGACCCUGCUCAGCCUUACUUCCAAGGGACUCCCAUUGAAGUCAGACUGGAUAAAACUGAUGCUGAGUUUGUUGAUGUUAUCCACACAGAUACAGCUCCCACAAUCCCCUACUUAGGUUUUGGCAUGAGCCCAGCUAUUGGACAUCUUGACUUCUAUCCAAACGGAGGAGUGGAAAUGCCCGGAUGUGGAAAGAACCCUGUGUCACAGAUCAUAGAUCUCGAUGGCAUCUGGGAAGGAAGUCGGAACUUCAUGGCUUGCAAUCACCUGAGGAGUUACAAGUAUUACUCUGACAGUAUUAUCUACCCCGAUGGAUUUCUGGGCUAUUCCUGUGCUUCAUAUGAUGUUUUUAAAUCCGGACGCUGCUUCCCAUGCCCAGCAGAGGGAUGCCCAAAUAUGGGUCACUAUGCAGAUAGGUUCAAAGGGAAAAUUAACAGUGACUUUGUGAAACUUUACCUGAACACUGGAGAAGCCAAGGACUUUCCUCUUUGGAGGUACAAAGUAACUGUGACCCUCUCUGGCAAGAGUCGUGUGACAGGAUAUGUAAACAUUGCCCUGUACGGAAGCGGUGGGAACACAAGACAGCACCAGAUUGUCAAGGGAACCCUCAAACCAGACAACACUUACACAGGCUACAUUGAUGCUGAAGUUAAACUUGGAACAGUUACAAAGGUUAAAUUCCUCUGGAAUAACAAUGUGAUAAACCCAACUCUUCCCAGAAUAGGACCUGCAACUGUUGUAGUACAGUCUGGAGAAGACGGAAAAGAAUACCGUUUCUGUGGUUACGAGACGGUGAGAGAGGAUGUUCUGCUGACUCUUACUGCUUGCUAAAAGCACAUAUGAAUACCUCAAGCCUUGAUACCAAUAAAAGCUAGCAUGUAUAAA